UUGACGUGCCAGCCUCUUCCCUGAAAGAGCUUGGAGUCUUGAUCUUGUCGGUGGGAUCAGUAGACUCAGAUAGCAAUGAAUUGCAGAAGAUCUCAAAUGACCCUAGUUCCACACUGUCAGUGAGAGACUUUACCUACCUCCCCAAUGUGCAAGAGCAGCUGCUCUCCAUUGUUAACGCUGCGCCCAUAGGAGCCACAGGUAUCUCUCCCCCAACACGAGUUGAGACUCAUCUACCAAGAAGAGAUGUUGUAUUCCUCCUGGAUGGUUCACAAGGCAAUAGGAAUGGGUUCCCAGCAAUGAUAGAAUUUGUUCAACGUGUGGUGGAGAGGUUGAACAUAGGCGAGAACAAUGAUCGUGUUUCUGUAGUCCAGUUCAGCAGAGAUGCUAGGAUCCAUUUCUACCUUAACACAUACACAACAAAGGAGGACAUUCUAGGCCAAGUCAGAGGUAUAACACCCAAUGGAGGAGGGCCCGUGAUGAUGGGGGCAGCUCUACAGUAUGUCAAAGACAACAUCUUUACGGCCUCCUCGGGUAGCAGACGCCUGGAAGGGGUACCACAGCUCCUGAUCCUGCUGAGUGGAGGAAGGGCAUAUGACAAUGUGGAUAUCCCCUCCUCAGCACUGAAGGAUCUGGGAGUCUUGAUAUUCGGAAUAGGAUCAGGGGCCUCUGAUAUCAGUGAACUGGAGAGAAUUUCAUUUGAUCCUAAUUUUGCUCUGACUGUGUCAGAUUUCAAAAAUCUCCCAAAUGUCGAAAAGCUAUUAUUGACUUCUAUGGACGCUGUGGCAGUUCCCAUCUCUCCAACGUCCUCACCUUCUCUUGUUGACUCUGAGGUUCCCAGAAAGGAUGUUGUGUUCCUGUUGGAUGGGUCAGAUGGGACUAGGAAUGGCUUUGCUUCCAUGCUUGCCUUUGUAGAAAGACUAGUGGAAAUAUUUAACAUUGAUGACAACAUGGACCGUGUGUCAGUGGUCCAGUACAGUACAAAUGCUGAGGUGCAUUUCGAUCUGAAUUCUUAUUCGACAAGAGAUGAAAUCCUCAAUGCCAUCAGCAAUGUAAAGCACAAAGGCGGAAGACGUGUUAACACAGGGUCAGCUCUCCAGUUUGUGAGAGAAAACGUCUUCACCGCCUCUGCUGGCAGUAGACUUCAACAGGGCGUACCCAAUAUUCUCAUCCUGAUCAGGGGAUCAAGGUCAACCGAUAAUGUUGAUCAGCCGGCCACCGCCUUGAAAGAGAGUGGAGUCUUAAUUUUUGGUGUUGCCACCAGGAAUGUGAGCAGUGAAAUUGAGCGAAUUGCAAAUAGUCCUUUCUAUACUCAAACCGUUUCUGAGCUCUCAGACCUAGCCAGUGUCCCGAAACAAUUUUACACCUCUUUCAGAAGUGCACUUCUUGAUGUAAUGCCAGUGAAACCUACAGUUAUAGUUGAACAAAGAUUUAAGCCGAAGGAUGUCGUAUUCCUUCUGGAUGGGUCCGACGGCACUCGGAAUUCUUUCCCAGCAAUUCGUGAUUUCGUUGAAAGCACUGUGGAGAGAUUAAGUGUAUCAGAGGGGAGAGACCAGGUCUCUGUAGUCCAAUUCAGCAGAGAUCCAGAGGUGCAUUUCUAUCUCAACACAUACGCAGCAAAGGAGAGUGUUCUUAACACGGUUAGAGGCCUGAAUCAUAAGGGAGGGAGACCCCUCAACACGGGAAUGGCUCUGCAGUAUGUGAGAGACAAUGUUUUCACUCCUUCUUCUGGGAGCAGACGUUCACAGGGUGUUCCUCAGGUAUUGAUUUUGCUGAGUGGAGGACGGUCAUUUGAUAACGUUGACGUGCCAGCCUCUUCCCUGAAAGAGCUUGGAGUCUUGAUCUUGUCGGUGGGAUCAGUAGACUCAGAUAGCAAUGAAUUGCAGAAGAUCUCAAAUGACCCUAGUUCCACACUGUCAGUGAGAGACUUUACCUACCUCCCCAAUGUGCAAGAGCAGCUGCUCUCCAUUGUUAACGCUGCGCCCAUAGGAGCCACAGGUAUCUCUCCCCCAACACGAGUCCAGUUCAGCAGAGAUGCUAGGAUCCAUUUCUACCUUAACACAUACACAACAAAGGAGGACAUUCUAGGCCAAGUCAGAGGUAUAACACCCAAUGGAGGAGGGCCCGUGAUGAUGGGGGCAGCUCUACAGUAUGUCAAAGACAACAUCUUUACGGCCUCCUCGGGUAGCAGACGCCUGGAAGGGGUACCACAGCUCCUGAUCCUGCUGAGUGGAGGAAGGGCAUAUGACAAUGUGGAUAUCCCCUCCUCAGCACUGAAGGAUCUGGGAGUCUUGAUAUUCGGAAUAGGAUCAGGGGCCUCUGAUAUCAGUGAACUGGAGAGAAUUUCAUUUGAUCCUAAUUUUGCUCUGACUGUUUGA